AUGGCUAUUUGGUUGGAGCUGCCGCUCCACUCUCAGUGCUCAUCCUUUCUUGCACUUGCCUCUGACUUGUUGCAGCUAUUAGUUGGGGGAUCAUUAGCUGACCACAAAUUUUUAUUCCUUGGUGCUGGAAAGGUCGACACUGGCAUAGCAGAACUGAUAGCCCUUGAAGUUUCCAAACAGAUUUUUAGCCUACUAUUUGUUUUGAUUUAA